GAACAGUCAAGAGUAAAGCAACUUUCACACAAUCGAAUCCUCGACAGAAGAAAUUAAGAAGAUUGCAGAUUCUACUAACAUGAUGCCUACAACCAAAGGCAUGAUUCAGACGCUGCCGAAUCAUGUGCUCAGAAUGGGUCAGACUAUCCACGUGGAUUCAGCGCAGGACAGUCAACGUCCCACACUCAUACAGUCUACUGGUCACCAUGGUGACAAUGAUCUGGACAUUUCCCUGGAUAAUCUCAACCAUCUCAUUAUGGAACUGGAUCCUUCAUUCGAGCCCCUCCAGCCCACCAAGAGUCCCUCGUGCAUCAGCCCACCUCAAGUUCUACAACUUUCUUCUUCAUCCCCACAUGACUCUUACUCAAAUAAAGAUGUGCCACACUACAAGCUGGUCCCUAGAGGGUGUGCCCCAUGUGCUUCCCCCACCCUAGACCAAUCCACGUCACCCAGCAUUCCCAUUCCUGUCCACAGCAGUCGUAGCUACAGUCCUCAUGGCACGGUGGUCUUCUCCAGUUCUCCCACAUCCUCAUGGCUGCUGCCGCCGUGUGGAAGCAGCCCCAGACGAAACCCCUCACCGAGGAAUGACACGGCGGCCUCCCAAGGAUCACUGCGUGUACUGCCCUCGAACAGAAAUAGCGCCACCUCACUGCUGUCUACGUCCACAUGCUCAGACACCAGCUACAUCCUCGGCAGCAACCUGUCCUUGACCAGUGAAGAUACAGACUCCUCUCCAGAGGGCCCGCUUAUAUGCACGCCUAGUUUCUGCAGUGAUACCUCAAGAAUGAGGCCCUUUGAGUCCCGACACAGUCCAGAGAGACCCUCGCCCACAAAGCAAGAGCUUUUUCUUCACGGUAAAGAUCCACAAUGCAUUCCGGCUUCACUAUCUGCUUCUUUGACGGAUGUUCCUGUAGUGUUAGUCAACGGUGUGCCCCAACCAGACCCCCACCAUCACCACUUCAGCCCCACUGAGACCGUGUCCAACUCCAGGCCGCUGUCUCCCCACAGUUUCCAAGCUCACUUUCAAGGCAGUCAGCCAUCAAUGAAAUUUGUCAUGGACACGUCUAGGUUCUGGUUCCGUCCACAUAUCAGCAGAGCAGAAGCUGAAGCUCUGGUGAAGGACAAGGAGCCAGGAUCGUUUGUGGUGAGAGACAGCACAUCCUACAGAGGCAGCUUUGGGUUGGCUAUGAAGGUGGACCAAGUGCCCAUCGAUUUCACGCCAACCGCUUACCCAGGAGAGACCAGCCCAGAGGCUGUGAGGCAUUUCCUUAUUGAGUCAUCGCCCAAAGGCGUUCGCAUCAAAGGUUCUUCCCAUGAACCAUACUUUGGAAGCCUCUCUGCCCUGGUCUAUCAACACACUAUUUCAGCGUACGCCUUACCCUGCAAAUUACUGCUCCUCUGCCAAGAUCUGAGCACAGAAGGGAAGACAAGUGGUAAACAAUCAUCUGAGGACAAGAAAAACACAGCGUGCAAUUUCAUUUAUCUGAAUGCCGUUCCCACGGAGAUGCUGACAGGACCUUGUGCUGUGCAGAGGGCCGUGUCCUCUACCCUAGAGAACGCCCCCGCUUUCAAGCCCACCAUCGUCAACAUGAAAGUGUGUUUGAAGGGUGUAACGCUGACAGAUGUCAACAGGAAGCUGUUUUUCAGACGCCAUUACCCCGCUCAGCUGAUCAGCCACAGCGGUGAAGAUCCAGACAAUCGAGUGUGGGUAAAAGGCUCAAACUCCAGUUGUAGAGCAAGGAUGUUUGGCUUCGUGGCAAAAGGAGCCGAAGCGGCCAUGGAGAAUGUCUGCCACGUCUUUGCAGAAUACGACCCCCUCCAGCCUUGCACAACAGCCAUUGAAUUUAUUCAGGCUUCCAUAGUUAAGGGCUAGAAUCAGAUGCGCUUUGCAGAGAAUAACUCAAAGUUUGACAAUGUAUGUAAGUGCAGCACAUAAACUAAGAGGAUUUACUGCAGGACUGAGCUGGAGAUCAUAAGCACGGAACAAACGUCACCACAGCACACUAAAGACUUAUUCUAUGAAGCCACCACAUGAUUGCAGUUGUUGCUGUGCAAAUAAACCAGCAGUCAGUAAAUUGCCUUGCCUUCCAACAAGAACCAGUGCAGGUUUCUUCCUUGUGGAGCACAGUUCCCCUGGCAGGAAUCUGACACUAAUACAGUGAUGAGAUUUCUAAACGUUCUGUUAAAAGACUGAAAGAAAAGUAAUUUAAAUUUGGUAGUGGUACUCCUGGUGUACAGUUCUUAUUGUAUUUAUUACCUGCACAAUGUACACGCACCUGUACAAUUUCUUUGCUGUGUAUUAUGUGUAAUAAACAAGAGUUUUACAUUA